AUGGCAUCUUCCGUGAAUUUCAAUCGCCAACUUCACCGCCUUUUCCACCAAUACAUCUAUUCCACAGAGUUAAACAUAUGGUUAUUGCAGACGAUUUGGAAUAGUUGUCAUCCACCACCACCGAUGGUCUCGUUUCCCAAAAAGCCCUUCUUGUUCAAGUAUACGCUUAUCCCCAAAGGGAAAGAAAACGGUGCUCUAAAGCUUCUAUUUCUGUUAUCGAUGUGAUGCUAUGAAACCCGCAGUUGAAACCUUGUCAAAUCUAUAUGUCUUUUGCAUCACCCAUAUCAAAGGAGUUGGUUGAACACGACACACACCAUGGGAGAUGUGCACUGUGAUAAAAAUCGAAGAAGUUAAGAUCCAGCUACAAAAAUUAUCACAAAGUGAACUUCAUGAACCACAAACUAAGAGAACUUGGCUUCCCUGCAUGAUCAAUUCCUACGAUCCAACUUGCCUCAAUGUCGAUUAUCCUUCCUUUCUACAUUUUGCAGGAAAAUUCACCAAACAUCCUCAAGGAGACAUUUUAAUGUUCUGUUGCAUCUAUGGGAGUUUUUGUUAAUAUUUAGUGGCAACUAAUUUUUAGUGAGAACUUUAUCUUAUUUUUUCUGGCAAACAUACAUGAAUAAAAUCAUAUAUGAGCAACUAAUACAUCA